AGUGUGCCGGGCGUUUGCUCUACCCCCUCUCUCCACUCUUGUCACUCAGUAUUCUGAUUGGCUCAUAUCUUGACACGAAAAGUCUGAUUGGCUGAGACCUCGAAACGAGCAGCGUGAUUGGUUCAGGCCUAGAAAACAGUACUCGGGAAUUCUGCAUGUACAGGCCGCAGUAGUGCUACCGUUGGAAAAUCAACAAUAAUAAAUUGCGACACGUUCCAGGGGAACAGAAAGGUAUCAACGGCUGGAAGGCUGUCGCGGAAUAGAAACGUUCUACCCAGAUGCCAGAUUCACAGAUUCAUGUAAUGUUUGGCACACGCACACGUGAAAUGAACUGUCGUCAAAUGUGAAGAAUUGUGGAAAAAUCGCAGAUAAUGGAUCAAGGUGGAGGGAUCCUGGAGCUUCACAAAGAUCUCAAGAUGCCCCAUACAAUGAUAAUGGCAGAUUUCGUUGCUGGGAUGGGGGGCAUGGCCCACGUUGACGGUGAGCACAUCGUGGUGUCAGUGCCGGAGGCCGUGCUGGUCUCAGACGUGGUGACGGAUGAAGGUAUCAUGCUGGAGACUGACCUGGAGGCCGAGGUGGUGGAAGGGCCUGACAUCUGCCACGAGGACGUCAUAGUCACCGAGGAAGUCAUCAUGUCUGAGUCUAUUCUGGGGGAAGAGGUUGCCAUCGAAGAGGCACUGGGCAGCACGGCCGAUCAUCACGAGCUGACCACUGAUCUGAUCGAGGAGACGGCUCCUGAUCAGGUGUUUGUGGCUGAACUUAUUUCACCGAAUGAAGAUAGCUCUCUGGAUCACGACCUCGUGUCUGCAGAGGUCAUGGUGGCGGACGUGGAGACGGUGAUCCAUUCGCACGACACCAUGCAAUCUGAUGUCGCUAUUAAGGCGGAUGAUGAAGAGGACGUGAAGAGCACUUCAGAGGACUAUCUCAUGAUUUCCUUGGAUGAAGUUGGGGAGAAGCUAGACAUUGGGGACACGCCUUUAAAGAUCAGCACGGAUAUGAGCCACGAUGAUGACGGGUCGAAGGAGGAUGAGUUUAGUUCCGAGGUCAUUAAAGUGUAUAUCUUUAAGGCUGAUGGAGAUGAAGAUGUGGAAAUAGGCAGCACAGAGGUGGUAGCAGAGAGUGAUUUCCCCAACGGGCAUGCAGUGUUGGAGUCGGUGGGCUCAGGCAGGCUUCCCAGAGAGAAGAUGGUCUACAUGGCUGUGAAGGACACCAGUCAGGGAGAGGACGAUAUCAACUGUUCUGAGAUGACCGAUCAGGUGUAUAUGGAGGUGAUCGUUGGGGAGGAUGAGGCAGCUGCCAUCCAGGAAUCGCAGCUGGAGGACACACCAGUCAACAAGAGCUUCGUCCCUGCUACCUGGGCAGCUGCUUAUGGCAGCAGUCUAGAGAGUAAGAACGGAGCUGGCACUCCUUACCUGCAGAUCACUGACAACAUCAGCACCAGUCGAGCUCUCAAGCAGAAGUUCAAGAAGAAGAGGAGAGGAGAAUCACGCCAGUGCCAGACGGCUGUGAUCAUCGGUCCCGAUGGACAGCCCCUGACCGUCUACCCCUGCCACAUCUGCGGAAAGAAGUUCAAGACACGAGGAUUCCUGAAACGCCACAUGAAGAACCACCCAGACCACAUGUUCAAGAAGAAGUACCAGUGCACCGACUGCGACUUCACCACCAACAAAAAGGUGAGUUUUCACAACCAUCUGGAGAGCCACAAGCUCAUCAUUAAGAACGAGAAGAUCCCCGAGUACACGGAGUACACACGCCGCUAUCACGAAGCCAGCCCUCUGAGCUCCAACAAACUCAUACUGCGCGACAAGGAGCCCAAGCUGCACAACUGUAAGUAUUGCGAGUACGAGACGGCCGAACAGGGUCUCCUGAACCGUCAUUUGCUGGCCGUGCACAGCAAGAACUUUGCACACGUCUGCGUGGAGUGUGCCAAGGGCUUCCGCCACCCGUCAGAGCUCAAGAAGCACAUGAGGACGCACACGGGCGAGAAGCCCUACCACUGCCAGCACUGCGACUUCCGUUGCGCGGAUCAGUCCAACUUAAAGACUCACAUAAAGAGCAAACACGGCACGGACCUUCCCUUCAAGUGCGGACACUGCCCGCAGGCCUUCGCCGAUGACAAAGAGCUCCAGAGGCACACGGAGAUCUUUCAGGGCCACAAGACUCACCAGUGCCCGCACUGCGACCACAAGAGCACCAAUUCCAGUGACCUGAAGCGUCACGUCAUCUCGGUGCACACUAAAGACUUCCCGCACAAGUGCGACGUGUGCGAGAAGGGCUUCCACAGACCCUCGGAACUGAAAAAACACGCCGAAACGCACAAGGGGAAUAAAGUCCAUCAGUGCCGGCACUGCGAUUUUAAGAUAUCGGACCCUUUCACGCUCAGCCGCCACAUCCUGUCCGUUCACACCAAGGACUUGCCGUUUAAAUGCAAGCGUUGCAAGCGCGGCUUCAGGCAGCAGAACGAACUCAAAAAGCACAUGAAGACGCAUAGCGGCCGCAAGGUCUACCAGUGCCAGUACUGCGAGUACAACACUACGGACGCUUCGGGGUUCAAACGCCACGUCAUAUCCAUCCACACUAAAGACUAUCCCCACCGCUGUGACUAUUGCAAAAAGGGUUUCAGGCGACCAUCGGAAAAGAACCAACACAUCAUUCGGCAUCACAAAGAAACCCUAAUGUAACACCAUCCAACCUUCAACUCUACGGCUACGCGCAAGCCCGUCUUGGUGUUUCAUCAUCUAAAUAUAUGUAAAAGAUCUGAAAUUCUCACACCUCUCUACUUCUGCAAAUGAAAAUCACUCAUUCAGGGUCCCAAAUGUCUAUUUUUAUACCCAGCUUGCUUCAAUGCUGCAAGCAAAUCAUGUUCAAUAUAUUGGUUCACCCGUGAAUGAGAAUUCUGUCAUGCAUUCACCAUGCACCGUAAAAUAUACUUACAGUAGCAGCAAACAUCAGUUGUGUCAGCACGUUUUGCCGUUUUCUGAUGUCAUCAGCGAUGGUGUCAUUGGUUCUCACGAAUGGCCCCGGCAUGUGCAGAAGUGUGAAUCGUUUUUUCUCUAUUCUUCCAUUGUGGAAAAGAGCAUGACUCGUACUUUUGUGUUCAUUGAGUGAACACUGACAGAAUUGUCAUUUUCAGUGAACUUUCAUUUCUUUUUGGGCUGGUCAGAGCAUCAUCACGGGCAAAAGACGCUCGGUGUGUUUGGUGCACUCCUCAGUAAAUGAGUUUUACCUGUUAUCAUUUUAAAGCCUGUCAUGAUGUUCGUUUGCGCAACUAACUUCUUUUGUAGUACCUAAAAUGAUGUACUUCAAUUUUUAUCACAUCUAUAACAUUCGCUUUUAUAGUUUAUCAGUAUGUUUGACACGCAUCAUUGCCGAAGACCACUAUAGUUUUUAUGAUUUUAUGUGAAGUCAAUUGUUAACAAACAUGCACAUACUGCCAAUUAUUUUGGGUCUCUUAUUUCGGUGUCAUGCCUUACAUGUAAUGUAUUUUCUUGCACUGAAUAGAGUAAAUAUAAAUCAGUUGUGAAUAUUUUUUAACAAGUUUCAAGUAUGCUAUUAUAGAUGUAUGCAAAUCACAUCAAGAGCACCUUUGCUUUUAUAGUGUCAUUUCAUCGUUAUUUAUUUAUUCGUGGGUGGACAUAGACAGAUACAGCAUCCUAAACCAAAAGCAAUCCUCCUCCACGCCAGUAUUUACAUGUAAAUGAGACAUGUCUAUCAUGUCUGUUAAUUGACUUCUAUCAUAACUGCGGUUAACAGCAGAAACUCAACUACUCAAACAUGCUUUUAUUGUCUGUUGUUCACUUGAAAUCACUCCGGUGUUGUCCUAUGUAAAGGCAUUCUUUAUAAGCUCAUUGUCAGUGAUUUUACAACAUUGCAGUGGAAUUGUAAGGGAACGGAGGAGUUACAGGAGCUUAAAAACAUGACACUUGAAAUGAUUCUGUUUUCCAGAAAGACAAAAUGAAGCUUAGUUUAUUCUUUUGGGCGAACGAAAAUUCAGCAUGAAUGGAUGUAUAAAUCUUGCUUUUGUAAAUAUCUUAAUUCGCAAUUAAAUGGGGGAGUUUAAUUAGAGGAUUAAAGAAUUAAAAAAGAUCUCAGUAAGUUAUUAAGUACUGGCAAAUAUUUUUAUAUCUCUGGGCACCUUAUGCAAGAUGUUGUCAGACAUUGAGCCUCGUAGGGAAAUGAAGAAAGUGGUUUUGUGUUUGAAAUCAAUGACUUGUGCACGAACGUGUUCUGCUUGUGUUUCAUCAAUAAGGUCGAUUAUUUUUGUGACUUUUUCCAAUUACACUGAACAUUGAACCACAUCCGUAUAAGCAGCCGUUCGGACCACACCAGUGACAAAGUGUGCGAGUAGUCUAGAUGUUGCUUUGUUUGUUACAGUUGUGCUUGGAGACAGUCAUUCUUGUGAAAGAAAUUCAUCCAUUUUAAGCCAUUUGUUUUUUGGUGACCGAUGGACUACUACUGAGGAGAAAUCAGAAUAAAUUUCUUUUUGCUUUCAGAAAUUGUUUGGCACUCAGGUAUUUCCUUGACAUUUAUCAACUAGCACUUUUCAAAUGUAAGAUAAUUAACACAAUCUAAAGAAAUCAAGUGAAUUCAGUCAUUAUAAAUGUUGUAUAUGAUGUCAUUAAAGUGGUUAAUUAGAAAAAGAAGACUCUUU